AUGGAAGGACUCUGUUGGUGUGCUGAUGGGUUCGCUGGAGCAGACUGUUCUAUGGCUAAGGCCGAUCCACCAGUCUUACUGGGCUUUGAGGGAGGACAGUUCUGUGAUACAAGAGUCAAUCCAUGCUCACUCCUCAUCAUCUACGGACGAAACUUCAUCCUGAACGAUAAAUUAACAUGUCAUUUGACGGAUAUUCAGACAAAUGAGAUUAUCAGUGUGCCUGCCAGGUAUGUUUCGCUGGAGACCGUUGUCUGUGAACUUGACCGCUUGACGAGUGUCAAUGUAACGGUCAGUAAUUUUGAUGGUCUGGAGAGUGACCCUGCGCCCUUCGUUGUGUACGAUUCAUUCUGCCAGUCAUGUGACUUUGACACAGGAAUUUGUACGAAUAGGAAUGAUACGUGUGUGAUUGGUGGGAAGUGUUACGUAGAAGGAGAGUUUUUUACCCAGGAUCCCACCAGGGUUUGUUUCCCAGAAACCAGCAGGGUAACCUGGACUGAGGUCAAUGCCACUAUGAUUAUUGCUAUACGAGAACGAUUCCUGUCCAUAUCUGGGAAUGUGAUAGAAAUGAUGAGUGGAAACAUGUCAUUCAGUGGCCAGAUUGGUUUGGUGAAUGGUUUUAAAGGCGAUUAUGCACUCUCAUUUAAUGACAUAUCAGCAUAUAUUAACAUAACAAACACCCUGGACUGCCUGAAUGACCCAGAUCUGUGUGCCGGACGGGGAUUUACAUUCCGGUUCUCUGUCAACGUCUUGACCUUGACAGACGGUAUGGUAAUGUUUUCAUCAGGGGCAGAUAAUCCUGCUUACCGUGGAGUCGUGAUGUAUUACAGAAGGGGAAGAAUCUUCCUUACUGUAAGCACCAUGCAUGAAGAAUGGACCGUGUCCACGAGAUUUUCCAAGGUGAGGACUUUUAUGGAGUUUGAGUGGACAUGGAGUAGAAGCUUUGGAUUAGAGUUUUUCAUUGAUGGUGCCAGUAGAGGGCGCACUGUAAACUUCAUCAGGCGUACAGUCUUUGGGUACCAGCUCGGCCAUCUCCAUAUUGGAGGAUUCUACAGGGCGGGAUCUACUGCACACUUUGUACUUGGACAAUGGCAGAUGUUUAAUUGGCACAGAAGUGUAAUAUCUGCUGUUGGUUUUCUUAUUGAGUUCCCAGAACUUCCUGAAAAGCCUGUCAUAUCUGUGGAUUAUGACAGGACAAAAAUGGAGACCGAAUUCACUUGUAAGUUUGACAAGCUAGACAGAGGGGAUGUCAUCUACCUGUUGGACUGGAAGGUUAAUGAUGUCGUCGUGAAAUCAUCAAGUAUAGAUGACGACAUGGAUGUGAUGGAUGAGGCAACCUAUGGUGAUGGAGGUUAUGGCGUCAAGGUUUCCUGUCAUGUGACACCAUGCUAUUCCUAUGACUGUGGUAACACUCGUGGACCACAAAGACACAGCCUCACUUUCACAGCAGAAGUCCGGGUGGUGACUACUGACUUGGAGGUCCAUGAGGGAGGUCCCGUAGGAGAUGUACUCGUUCAGAGCACAGUGCCCCCUGUACUGUUCUUCCCACCGGCACAAAGGGCCAACAGCUCCUGCUUUGUUAGGCUGACGGCAAAAUUCCAGGAAGAAGAGGAAGUGUGUCCUAAUGGGAAUUCUCUACACCAGGCAGUGCUGGGAUAUAGGUACCGCUCCUCACCUGAUGAGGCGUUUUGUGGUGGACUUAUCUCCAUGGAAACGUGGGAGGAUGAGUUCCGUUUGCCUGUGGCUGCUACUGUUGAUCUGCUGUAUGACGGAGAGGUGAAGCGCCACCUGAAUGUCACAGCCUCCGUACACUGUGGAAACAGCACAAUCUUCAAUGAUACCAUUGGACAGGUCAAGGUCACAGUUACUGAUGGCGACAAAAGUGUCGUAUGUAAAUCCAUCAACGACCCCCACAUGACCAGUUUUGAUGGCUGGAAAUUCAACAACUUUUUGGAGGGAGAGUUCAAACUCUAUGAACACGACUUCUUGCCAUUUGAAGUGAGGACAUUUUACCGCAGUUGUAACAAGCGUGCCUCAUGUAAUUGUGCAGCAGCCAUACGAUCGGGUGAUGAUGUCAUUUUGUUUGAUCGGUGUGGGCCCAUAGCCGGGAAAUCACAGCCAUUGGUUAUUAAAGUCUUCCUGAAUGGUGUCCUUACCCCAGGGACAAGGGUCGUACGGCUGGAGCAUCAGAUUACAAGAAUUCUAAGGGACUUUGUGGAAAAUGGGAUGGGGACCGGGACAAUGACAAAACAAUGCGAGAUGGUUCUCUGUACACCGGAUCAGCCAAAGCAACCUCGGGAAUUCUCACGGAGCUGGCUGAUUAACAGUACUAAGGAGGGGACCUUGUAUACUGGGUUCUGUCCCUUGGAUGUGGAGGAUGUUUCCAUGGUAACAUACUGUCAGUGUGGCAUGAAUUCCUACGGAGAUUGUGGUAAUACCCUAAAUAUAGCAAACUGCGGUCCACCUCUAACAACGAAAUCACGACGGAAGAAAAAAGGUGUGGAUAUCACUGAUAGGUUACUGGCAGAUAAUUCUCAGCAGACUACAAAGUGUUUCCUGGAUGAAACUCAAAUGGACUUUGAGUAUGAUCCUGACUACGUAUCUCCAGUACCCACAUGGCCGACAGAGUCCGGAAUAACUUACCAAGCCGCUCUGCAGUAUUGUCAGAAUUUUGUCCUUGGAGUGUCAUGGUCAUCUCAAUGUUUGGGCUUAGCCAAUAUUCAAUUUGACCUGUCUGUGGAAGGCUGUGUAGAAGAUAUUCAGCUGACUGACGACCAAAGCUGGGCGGCCACAUUGCUGGAUAAUAUACAGGAACAGUGUUCCAUAGAGCUCACCUUCAACCUCACUAUUUGGAUCUCGAUUGGUGGCACGUUUGAACUUCCAAAUCUAGAUAACGACCUGUGUCCUGGUGAAUGUAGCGGCCAUGGCUUGUGUAAUGAAGGUGUGUGUGACUGUGACAAUGGGUUCCUUGGAGACGAUUGUGCUGUUUCCGUGAGUGAUAUUCCAUCGGUGACCUCGUUCGGACAUGGCAGCUUCUUCUGGAACAUCAAUCUACCGUCCUUGGGAAAUCUCCUCACAAUUUACGGGACAGAUUUUGUUGACAUUGAUACUCUCACCUGCCACUUCCUGUUACGAAAUGGAACAGAGUUAAAGUUACCUGGGAUCUAUGGUAACUUGGAAGUGAUGCAGUGUCCGAUCCCUGGUAUUGGUUUCUACCAAAUAAGUGUUAGUAACAAUGGCGUGGAUCGUGCUACCUCAGGACUGAACUUUGUGGUGUACAACGCCCUGUGUGAGACCUGUACACUCACUGAAUGUGUAGCCAGGUCGGAUGUAUGUGUUAUUGGUGGAGUGUGUUACGGAAAAGGCUUCACUGAGCCAGGGAAUCCAACUCGUGUCUGUUUGCCCAGCACAACCACUCUAGGAUGGUCCACUCUCUCACGUACCAACAUCAACAUAAGAAGAUUAAGUUUUCUGACAAUCAUAGGAAACAUUCUGAGGACAUUGAGUUUUAGCUUCACAGUAAGAGGUGGACCUGUGUUUGUCCCUGGUCCUACAGGGGGCAAUGGACUGCUUCUGAAUGGCCGUGAUCAGUUUAUUGCCUUGGAUACCACAACAGAACAGUCCUGUUUUGGGAAUUUAGAGACAUGCUUUUUCGGUUUGACAGUUGGAUUCAAUUUGAAAGUUCUAACUUUUACAGAAGGAAUGCGCAUUAUCAGUAAUGGAGACAAUCAAAGAGGUUUUUACGGGAUUGAAAUGUGGUACUCAAGAAAUCGUAUUUACUUAUCCUGCAGUACUCGAACCCGAAUCUACACGGUUUAUGCUCCAUUCAAAUUCACCAAUAGAUUUAUAAAGAUAGAGUUUUCUUGGAGUUUACAAACUGGUCUUGGUUUAUACUUUGAUGGUGCUGUGGUAUCCCACACUACUCAGUAUUAUGAGAGACAGGACGCAGCCUUUAAUCCAGAUUUAUACAUUGGAUAUUCCAUCUCAUUUAACGUGUUUUCUCACAUUGUCAUCGAGGGCUGGGGUGUUACUGAGGCCACCAGGGACGUAGCUGUGGGACUCGGAGCUACUAUUGUUACUCUUGAGUUUACUAAGCGACCUGAACUGUCCAUCGCUGUCGGCCAGGAUGAUAAAGCCACUUUCAUUUGUGGAUUCUCUCCUCUUGAAAUUGAUGGCCUUUCCUACAGUGUCAAAUGGUACCAUGGCGAUGACCUCUUGGUCACAGAUAAUAUGAAUGGGACAAACUCCAACAGCUCCAGUUCCAAUGUCUUCAACAGCACAAUAUCCGAGGAUAUCAUCAAUCAAGUUAGCUUGGGUGAUUCUCUCUAUUGUACGAUUUCGGCAUGUGACCCUUCAGACUGUGACGGUACGAGAGGACCCUGGAGAGACAGCACUGCUCUAGAAGUUCAAGCCAUCAUUAACGAUUUGGAAAUCUCUAUGAAUGAAGGAUCAUCUGCAGAGAUAAUUGUGAUACGUUUGUCCGUUCCUCCCCGCUUGUUAUGUGUGCGUGGGGACCGGGAAAAAUACUGCAGUUUGCACUUUACAAUGGAAUUGUUACGUGGAAAGGAGAGAAAAUGCCCAGGGACCACAGAAGAAAUUGUACAGUUUGUAUUUGGCCUUCAAAGCCGGACCAACGAUUAUGAAGAUGCUUGUAAAUAUAUUAUUGACAAAGAUAACUGGUUUGAGGGAAUCAAGAUUCCAAUCAAACCCACAAUUGAUGGUCUCAAAGACAAGGACCAGACUAGAGAUGUCGCAUUCAAACUACACAUCACGUCCGGUGCGGAGGCCAGUGUUGUACAAUUUACAAAUCAUUUACAGGUAACAGCUGUAGAUCGAGAUAAAACUUCCACCUGCUCAUCCAUUAACGAUCCACAUAUUACAACCUUUGAUGGAAGAUACUACAACAAUUUCUUUGAGGGAGAGUUCAUUUUUUACCGAGAUAGGUUAAAUCGGUUUGAGGUGAGAACAUUCUAUCGUAACUGUAACGGGCGGGCGUCAUGUAACUGUGCAGUGGCAGUUCGGGUGGAUGAUGAUGUCAUAGUAAUGGACUCAUGUGGUCCGGCCAAUGUACAAAGCCGCAGACAACCACUAAAAGUACAGAUGUACAUCAAUGGAGGUGGACUGACCAAGGGAACACGAGUCAUCAGAGUUGGCGGAGGAAAACGGUACAAGGUAAUCCUUCCUUCGGGUGCAGUUGUGUUUGCGACAAAAGGAAAACGUAGGAAAGGUUCACAGUUUAUCAAUGUGAAGAUGAAGGGUUCUUCGUAUGACUUCAGUAACUCAGAAGGGUUGUGUGGCACAUUUGAUGACGACGAUACAAACGACCUUUGGCUCAGGACUGGAGGACUAUCUGGAGAGAGAGGAAAGUUUCCCGACAAGUUUUCACUAAGCUGGAGAGUGCCACCUAAUGAGUCCCUAUACAGAGGUUACUGUCCAACAGCAGCUUCUGACCAGUUGACCAGCACCUAUUGUGAUUGUUCUACUGGUCAGUCUGGUCAGUGUGGUACAAAUCUGGAUCUAAUGGAGUGUGACGAAAUCAAAUCAAGAAAAAAGAAAUACAAACUAAAGAAAGGUAGAAAAGAUAUUACAGAAGAUCUGAUCAGAAAGGCAGAGAGUCCAGUGGCCAAAUGUUUCUCAUCACAACCUGUCGUGGAAUUUGAGUUUGAUAUAAACUACAUUCAUCAGGAUUUCACAUGGCCAACACCAAGUAACAUUACUCUGGAGAUGGCCACAGAAAUAUGUCUACGGUAUAUGUCGGGGCCACAGUCGGGCAGUAACUGCCUCAAUGUCCCCGGCCUUUCCCUCAGCCCCAUCACAGAAGCCUGCGUAGAUGACAUUAAAUUUACAGAUGACAUCAGUUGGGCCAGUGAAGGACUGGACAAUCUUCUCCUACAGUGCUUUGUAACCGUGGAGGUAAACGUGGAUUUAUGGGUAAUCGCCGACGGAGAAGCUAUCCCCGACCCAGUGGUCACUGGCGCUAUUUGUCCUGACGAAUGUAACGAUAAUGGAAAAUGCUCUGAAGGUUUGUGUGUAUGUGACGAUGGCUGGCUUGGAGAUUCUUGUGAAGUCAACAUCAAUAGAGCUCCGGAUAUUUUCUCCUUUGAUGGAGGUUUCUUCUGUGAUAGCCAGGUUUCCCGCUCCUGUCAAACCCUCCGGAUUUUCGGAGACUAUUUUGCAGAUACUGUGAAGUUGACUUGCCGUUACCAAACUUUAUCUAUGAACUUGUCAAUCGUGGAAAGUGAAGGAUGGUCUGUGGCGGUAUAUUUCAAUUCUGAAACUGUUGAGUGUUUGUUACCUGGUGAUGGUAUUUACAAUAUCUCCGUCAGCAAUAACGGGGUCGUCCAGAGUGAGGCUAAUGUCUACUUUAUCUACAAUGGUUUCUGUCUUAGCUGUACAAGUGUUGGAUGUCUCCCCAGGACUGACGUGUGUGUUAUUGAUGGGGUGUGUUAUGAUAACUGGUACGUUAACCCUGGUAACCCGUCGUUAGGAUGCAGAGUAGCCGUGUCCACCUCAGACUGGACAAUCAUCAGUGUGUCUACAAUAUCCUGGUAUGACCUGAUAUUCCUGAACAUCGAACAAACGGAUUUGAUAACAAACGCAGGGAAAAUUCCUUUGGAAGGAGGCCUGGUGUUAAAUGUUAAUGAAAACGGUAGGAAUGCAGUAGAAUUCAAUGGAAUAGAUCAGUUCUUCAACAUUCCUUCUACUGAUGACUGCUUAAAGGAUCCAGAUCUGUGUACCUUGGGUAUCACCAUAAGUUUAUCCUUGCGACUUAGAUCUCUUCGGGAUAACAUGUACAUCUACACAAGCUGUGGUGAUGAGCCGGGAUCUGUCGGCUAUGCCAUGUUUUAUCGGAACGGGUUUGUCUAUUUCACCGUGAGUACCCGUACAAAGGAAUGGACGGUUUCCACCUUCGUCAGUGUCGACACUCUCUACCAUUUUGAUUUGUCAUGGAGCCAACAGUUCGGACUCCAUAUGUAUGUUGACUAUGAGAAUAAAGCCAGUACUACAGAUUUCCUCUACAGAAAUGUCCCGAAUCCUGUGGAAUGUAAUCUGUACAUUGGAGCUCCACACUCCACAGGAACGUUUACAGAAAUGGAGUUGGAGUACUGGAGUAUCCUCCUGGCUUCCAGGGAAGUUCUGAUAUAUCUAAACUUUGUCAUAGGUUUGCCUAGCUUAACUGUAGCUCCUACUCUCACUGUCGACAUCGAGGAGGAUUCGGACAAGGCCAUGUUUGUCUGUCGUUUCCAGCAGUUACGGGCAGAUGUCCAAUAUCAGGUUGAGUGGUAUCAAGGUAACUCCAAACUGACCAGUCAGAACCUCACUAAAGAUGACUACAAAGCAACACUCUCAGAAGAUAUGUAUGGAGAGCCUGAAUAUGGCACAGGGGUGAGUUGUCAAGGUUUGCCUAGCUUAACUGUAGCUCCUACUCUCACUGUCGACAUCGAGGAGGAUUCGGACAAGGCCAUGUUUGUCUGUCGUUUCCAGCAGUUACGGGCAGAUGUCCAAUAUCAGGUUGAGUGGUAUCAAGGUAACUCCAAACUGACCAGUCAGAACCUCACUAAAGAUGACUACAAAGCAACACUCUCAGAAGAUAUGUAUGGAGAGCCUGAAUAUGGCACAGGGCUCUACUGUAAAGUGUCUGCCUGUUUUUCACACAACUGUAAAAUCACAAAAGGAACAGCAAGUGACAGUAAUGUUAUCUACAAUGUCAUUGAGACGAUAACAGAGGAUGUAACUAUAUCUGAAGGAGGCAGCUCUAAAAACCUAACCUUCAGAAGCAUGGUACCUCCUCGACUGUUAUGUAAGGUUGCAGACCGAUCAGGCAACUGUAAUGUAACUGUUUGGACGUCAUUACGAGCUCAUAAUGAGAAAAGAUGUCCGGGUGGCUCACCUAUAGCCCAGGCUGUUUUCCCUACCACAACAGAUAAUUCAACAGGUCACAUGGCCGUUUGUGGUGCCAUGGCGACCAGUAAUGUCACAUGGAAAAAGGACAUCAAUAUUCCAAUCCUGGCUAAAAUUGAUGGAAUAAAUGAUGGCGACCAGAAAAAAUCCAUUCAGGUGGAGAUCCGAGUGGACACUGCUGCCUCAUUGACCCGUUACACCACAAAUCGUAUUAAACUCACAGUGGAAGAUCGUGACAAAUCAGCUGUUUGUAAAUCUAUCAAUGACCCUCACAUGACUACAUUUGAUGGCCUGAACCAAAACAGGGGAUUAAUGCUACAUCUCUACUGUAAAGUGUCUGCCUGUUUUUCACACAACUGUAAAAUCACAAAAGGAACAGCAAGUGCCAGUAAUGUUAUCUACAAUGUCAUUGAGACGAUAACAGAGGAUGUAACUAUAUCUGAGGGAGGCAGCUCUAAAAACCUAACCUUCAGAAGCAUGGUUCCUCCUCGACUGUUAUGUAAGGUUGCAGACCGAUCAGGCAACUGUAAUGUAACUGUUUGGACGUCAUUACGAGCUCAUAAUGAGAAAAGAUGUCCGGGUGGCUCACCCAUAGCCCAGGCUGUUUUCCCUACCACAACAGAUAAUUCAACAGGUCACAUGGCCGUUUGUGGUGCCAUGGCGACCAGUAAUGUCACAUGGAAAAAGGACAUCAAUAUUCCAAUCCUGGCUAAAAUUGAUGGAAUAAAUGAUGGCGACCAGAAAAAAUCCAUUCAGGUGGAGAUCCGAGUGGACACUGCUGCCUCAUUGACCCGUUACACCACAAAUCGUAUCAAACUCACAGUGGAAGAUCGUGACAAAUCAGCUGUUUGUAAAUCUAUCAAUGACCCUCACAUGACUACAUUUGAUGGCCUAAAAUAUGACAACUUCUAUGAGGGAGAAUUUGUACUAUACAGGAACAAGCUCAGUAACUAUGCAGUACACACGUUCUAUCGGAGCUGUAACGGGAAGGCCUCCUGUAACUGUGCUGUAGCUGUAAAAUCGGGUGAUGAUGUAAUUGUGUUUGAUAUCUGCGGCCGUAAAAAGACUGACCGUGUUCAACCACUGCUGAAGAAGAUGUAUCUGAAUGGAGAUUUAACCCCAGGGACAUAUGUCUUCCAGAAGAAUAGUGGAGCUACCUAUAUUAUUUACCUUCCCAAUGGUGCCUAUAUAACUAUAGUGAAGAAGGGCAAAUACCUGAAUGUCUGGAUGAAGGCCGCUCCUGGUGACGUGGAAAAUGUGGAAGGUCUGUGUGGGAAUUUUGAUGGCGAACCUGAUAACGAUUUGAUGUCCCGAAAUGGAACUGUUUUUAAAUACAGCAAAAAACCUGAUGAAUUUUCCAUUACAUGGAGGGUUGAUGAGAAAGACACACUUUACAAUGGGUACUGUGGAGAGACAACCUUGGAGGAACAGAGUUCUUUAAUUAGUAGCGGCGGUUACUCCUGUGAUUGUUUCUAUGACGAGGAGCCACUUUGUGGCGUCGGCAAUGAUGUUGUCAACUGUGGAAUCGUCCGCAACAGGAAAAACAAACGAGUAAAAGAUAUCACUGCGGAACUGGUAGUGGAAAGUCUGCCGACCCUGAAAUGUAUCUCCAGCGUGAUACAGAUAAUCUUUGAGGUUGACCUUACCUACAUCUCCCCGGAAGCCGUUUUCCCCACUCCUAGCGGUAUAACAUAUGAGAUGGCGCUUGGCAACUGUACAACCUACAUAUCCGGCUCAGUGUCUGGGGCAGCGUGUGUAUCUGUUCCGGGCGUGGAUUUUUCGGCCACUAUUGAUGCCUGUGUAACGGAUGUCAGAAUAACCGACACGUUUGAUGAGUGGUUGGAUACAGCACUGUCAGACAUCACUGAGCAGUGUGUCAUCGCUAUGGAGACCAAUAUCACACUUUGGAUUGUGGAUGACUCUGGUUUACCAGUUUUGCCUGACAUCAUUGAGCUUAUUUGUCCAAACGAGUGUAGUAACCAUGGCAACUGUAGCGAAGGGGUGUGUUCCUGUUCUCCUGGCUUUGGGGGAGAUGAUUGUUCCAUCGUCCUGGCUGACCCUCCAGUCCUAGUGGACAUUUUCCGUGGUCAGACAUGUGAUCGCCACACAACUACAUGUGAUAAGAUCAUAAUCUACGGACUGGGAUUCUCCCCGCUCACCAAUCUGUCCUGUAGCUUUGAAAUCACUGACAAGCCGACAGCCCUGGAAUAUGCAACCUUCCAGACUUAUGAUGACAUAUCAUGUACUUUGCCAACAAGUGUGGAGGUAUUUGAGGCCGUCGUGAAGUGUACAAAUGAUGGACUGACGUUCAGUAACGGUCUGGACUAUGUGGUCUACAACUCACUCUGUACCUAUUGUAACUCUUCAGGUUACUGCACAAACAGGGCGGACGUAUGUAGAAUUAAUACAGUCUGUUACGAGGACGGGACGGUCAAUGAGAACAAUGAAAAUGAAGUCUGUGAUAUAAGUCAGUCCCUCACAAGCUGGACACAACUACAGGCUGAUACCGUGACUGUUCAUUACUUCCUGUUUCUGAGGAUUGUGUCAUCCAUCUUAUAUGCUGGGAAAUAUCAGUUCAAUCUGAUUGGUACGCCUCAGCUGGUCUACGGGUCACUUGGAGGCUUUGCAGUUCAUCUAAACGGUAUCGACCAGGCUUUUGAUAUUGGUGACUACACCACCGGUUGCCUAGGAAACAUAGAACGAUGCAACCUUGGUGUGACUUUCUCCUUUGGACUGGAAAUACGAUCUGUGACUGAGUCCAAGGUCUAUGUAUUGAGCAACGGUGGAGAUGACGUAGAUAAGUAUGGAUAUGCCAUGUGGUUCACUGGGAAUCGGCUGUACUGUAGGGUCACUACUCAGACAAGGGAGUGGACCGUGUAUACUAACAAAUUUAAGAUUGAGCGAUACUAUCUUGUCCAGUUCUCAUGGAGUCUACAGACUGGACUUAAGCUAUAUUUAGACAACAACAGAGUUGCCAAGACAACAAGCUACGUUGAUAGAAGUACAACAAGUUUAACCUUGAGUACCAAUUUUUACUUCGGACAGUCUUUGACGGGAGGUUUCUGUAACAUGGUGCUCGAUAGAUUCUCCGUUGUUACCGCUUCCUUGGAUAUCAUACAGCAACUUGACAUCACCUACGCUCUGCCAACAUUUGAUGAGGAGCCUGAAAUUGAUGUGGAGGUCGUAAAUGGCAGUGUGUCUCUGAUGUGUACCUUCAAGCCUAUCACCGUGACAACUCAAUCAUACCUGUACAAGGUUGUUUGGUACAAUGAAAAUAGAACUGUGGCCACAUAUGACCUUGACAACGUCACAUUCUCCAGCAGAUUGACCGAGGAAACACUGGGACGAGUUAUCUAUGGCAGCAAGAUAAUGUGUGGGGUGAUGGCCUGCUUUGCUAAGGAUUGUAAUGGCACUACCGGGGCGGAGAGGCGGAGCGAUUCCUUGGUGACCUCUGUACAGGUGGAUGACAAACCCCUGAAGGUGUAUGAAGGAGGAGUCUCUAAGUGUGUGUCGGUCAGAUCUCUACUUCCUCCCAGGAUGUUCUGUAGUGAUGUGGACACCAACUGUAGCAUACAGAUAUCCCAUAAUUUCUCGAAGGCAAUGGUCAAUUACUGUCCCUCUGGACUUCAACUUCCUCAGGCCAUGUUCCAAGUCGGUGGCAAUGACAGUUGUUCUGUCCACAUAACAGAUAAGAACUGGAUGUCUGAGGUCUGCAUCAAGGUCAGAGCUACACUUGACGGCCUCAAGGACAAGGACCAAGAACAGACUGUCCUCCUGAUGCCGAUGUUGUGGGAUGGUACAAAUGUUACAGAACUAACUUCACUGUCAAUAUCAGUGGAAGUAAUUGAUCAGGAUCGUACUGCAACAUGUAGAUCUGUAAAUGACCCACACAUCACUACAUUUGAUAAGAGAACAUAUGACAAUUUCCUUGAGGGCGAAUUUGUGUUAUACCGACACAAGACCCUACCAUAUGAGGUGAGAGGAUUUUACCGCAGUUGUAACAAGCGUGCCUCAUGUAAUUGUGCUGCAGCCAUACGAUCGGGUGAUGAUGUCAUUGUGUUUAAUCGGUGUGGUACCUCCGCUAAGGGUAAAAAGACACCUCUGAUUCCACGUAUAUACGUCAACGGUGUCCUGACUGAAGGAACCUACAUUAUCAGUUUUAACAACGGCAAGACAUACAAGGUGGUGUUACCAACAGGUGGUUAUGUCACUGUGAUGAUCGCUGGUAAAAAGAAGGAAUACAUCAACAUAUUUUACAAGGCUGCCGCAAUCGACUUUGGCAACGCUGAAGGUCUAUGUGGAAACUUUGAUGACGACCCCGGCAACGAUCUUAUACAUCCUGAUGGGACAGAGUAUUUCGGAACAGAAAAACGUCCAAAGGAAUUCUCUAAAAGCUGGAGGGUGACAGAGAUGGGUAUAGAAAGUCUAUACAAUGGAAUCUGUCCAGAGGAUGUGCCACCACCGGUUACCAUGGAAACAUACUGUGAUUGUGACAAGAAUGGAAUGACCUGUACUAACAACCUUGACCUUUUAUCAUGUAACCAACCUUUGUCCUUGGAGAACCUUGUAGAUGAAAAGAAAAGAAAAAAGAAACAGUCUCGAUACGGUGUGGACAUGACAUCAGUGUUUAUGGAGGAAGCCAGCCCACCUACCAAAUGUUUCUCCACAGAGCCUCCAAUACAGUUUGAGUUCAAUGUGACCUACAUCUCACCGGAUUACACAUGGCCGACUCCAAACGGUCUGACCGAGGAUGAUGCCAUACAGAGCUGCAAGACCUACAUAGAGGGUACGGUAGCCUUCCAGAACUGUAGGAACGUCCCAGACAUUGGAUUCGCUAUGUCCCUCGACUCCUGUGUAGUUGAUCUCCAGAUUAUGGAUGACAGAGACUGGGCACAAGAAGCACUGUCAUCCAUUCUACAGCUGUGUACCAUACAGAUGGAAGUUAAUGUUGAACUGUGGAUCAUAGUGGGAGGAAUCCCAGGUCCGGACCCAUUAGUAAUAGACGGUCUGUGUCCCGGUCUUUGUAGUGGUAACGGAAACUGUUCGGAGCAGGUGUGCGAGUGUAACUCCGGCUUUGCAGGGGAUGACUGUUCCAUCAUUGUGGAGGAUGUUCCAGCUGUGGACUUCCUCCCCGAACCUUUCUGUGACAUCACACGCUUCCCUUGUAAACAAGUCACCAUCACAGGACAGGGAUUUAUACAAGGCACUGGCCUUGUGUGUAUACUACAGAGAGUCGAGAAAACAACAACAACCUAUGUGGCAGUUGGCGACACCGUGACAGUGAUCGCCACCUAUGUGAGUAGUGAACAGGUAAUCUGUGACCUUCCUGAUGCUGGAUCAUUCAAUAUCACCGUUAGCAACGCUGGAGGAAGUGUUGUCAUCACUACUGCUGUCCUCUUUGUGACCUUUAACCCCAUCUGCUAUGAGUGCAGUGAGAACGGAUGUCAAGAAAGGACAAAUGUAUGCCUCAUUGGAGAUGCUUGCUAUGGUGAUGGAUUUUUCAACCCAGCGUUGCCUUUGGAAAUUUGUAAUGCUACUUUUAGUAGCAAUUCCUGGUCUGUCAUUUCACGCAAAGAUGUGACAGUGAUAUCCUUCUUAUUCAUAUCUAUAAACAUCAACGUUUUGGUCACCUCGUCGGCUAGCUUCAAUUUGAUCGGGAGUCCGACACUCGUCACUGGACUUAGUGGUCAGGCAAUACAAUUGGAUGGAGUUGGUCAGUAUAUUGACCUUAGUGGUCAGAUAGGUACAUGUAUUACCGACCUCACCACUUGUGGACUUGGUUUGACCAUGGGCUUCAAUCUCAAGGUCAUAACCUUCACAGAAAAUAUGUACAUCCUGAACUUCGGUGGAGAUCAGCCCGAUGGAUAUGGUGUAGCUAUGUAUUAUCGACACAGCCGUCUAUAUUUGACUGUUUCUACUGUGACAGCCGAAUGGACAGUUUUCACUUCAAAAUUACAGGUCAACCUAUUUGUCAACAUAGAAUUUUCCUGGAGUAUACAGACUGGAUUGGCAUUGUACUUUGAUGGUGAAGUUGUUGCCUCGACAACGCAGUUUAUCACCAGAACUGUUGGUGUCACCCGAGUUACAAACUUAUAUAUUGGCUUUUCAAGCAGUGUGUAUGCCAACAUUGUCAUCGAAGGUUGGGAAAUCACUGAAGCAUGUAAAGAAAUUGCAUCUGUUCUGGACAUUGAGACAACAACAGAGGCCAUGACCACUACCACUGAGCUGGUUACCACAACUACCACUGAACCAGUUACCACGACUACCACUGGACCAGUUACCACGACUACCACUGGACCAGUUACCACGACUACAACUGAACAGAAUGCCACAUCUACAACAGAAAUAGGUACAACAUCAACUACUCAAAAUCUUACGGCUUCUACUACUUCAGAGUUUUCUACGUCUACAACUGCGCCCCCUACAACCUCAACCACGCAACCACCUUUGACCUCUUCAACUCCCGAGGUUACGACCUCGACCACUCAACGGCCUUCGACCUCUACCACUCCCAAGAUUACCACCUCAACCACUCAACGGCCUUCGACCUCUACCACUCCCGAGGUUACGACCUCAACCAAAAAAAUGGCCUCAACUACUACCACUGAACAGGUUAUGACCACGACCACCCAACCACCUUCGACCUCUACCACUCCCGAGGUUACGACCUCGACCACAAAACUGCCUUCAACUACUACCACUGAACAGGUUAUGACCACGACCACCCAACCACCUUCGACCUCUACCACUCCCGAGGUUACGACCUCGACCACAACAAAAGUAGUGACAUCUACUUCACCUGUAACCACAUCAACCGCUCAGCCAGCAACAACGAUAACUGGUCAACCGACAACUGGUCAACCAACAACGACGACAACUGCUCAACCAACAACAACGACAACUGCUCAACUGACAACUGCUCAACCAACCACGACGACAACUGCUCAACCAACCACGACGACAACUGCUCAACCAACCACAACAGCUGCCUGUACAGGUACACAAGACAGUUAUCCCAGUAUUACUACAAAACCUGUUCUCACUCACACAAUCGCUACAAGUUUGGCCACAGUCUCCUACGUCUGCACCAUCACUGCAUCACCAGAACAGGGAGCUCUGCACGCCAUCUGGUGGUACGUCGGGGACUCGCUAACUAAGACUGUAAAUCUGACAUCUGGAGACAUCAACGACAUUCUGCAGACCACAGACUUGACAAGUACUGCCGAUCUACUGACCUCUGGGAUCCGUUGUGCAGUUGUGGUUUGGAACCCUAACAGAUGUGGGAAUGGAGUGAGUCCGCCCCUCAGCAGUGACACCAUCGUCUUCACAGUAACGGUCAAUGAAGGUGCGGUUAUAACUGUCCGAGAAGGUGAUCCGUCGUACGAAAUAAGAAUUUCUCUGACCCAGACUGUAGGAUACUACUGUGCAGUCAAGUAUGGCCAAGCCUGUACUGUACAGAUGAAGACCCAAGUGGUCAAAGGUACUGACCAGAGACUGUGUACCGAUGGUUCUGUCAUCCCUGACCUAGCCGUCCACACUACGGCCACUAAUGCUACCGUGGCAACCUGUGGAGCAAUCGCUGACAACAGUAAUCAGAAUUUCGUGGUGAAGAUUAAAGCUGUAAUAGACAACUUGGUAACUGGCCAGAGAAACAGAACACUUAACAUUGUGAUGGUGGACACCGUUAACGGUCAGACGAGUGAAAGUCUCCUAAAAAAUGUCACAGUAAUCAUAGAAGAUGUAGAACUUGCCGGCUUCUGUCACUCCCAAAAUGACCCCCACAUAUCAACACAUGAUGGCACGUUGUAUGAUAACUUCUUACCUGGUGAAUUUAUCAUGUAUCGGAACCUAGAAUUCAGUAUAGAGGUCCGUGCACUGUUUGUGAGGUGUGAAGAGGGUACAUGUAAUUGCGGAGUUCUAGUCAGAUCAGGAGAUGACGUUAUUAAAAUUGAAAAAUGUCUUCCGGGAGAACUCCAAGCUUAUCCAAUCAAUCGAAGACUCUUCAUCAACUCCCAAUUGUCUCCUGGUUCCAAGAUCUACCAGGCACAGGAUGGUAACAAGUAUGAGAUCUACCUGCCUACAGGUGCCAAAGUGAUCUUACAGAACGACCAAGGGAGAUUCAUGAAUAUAUUUAUCGAGGCGUCGGUAUUGGAUGUGAAUAAGACUGAUGGUCUAUGUGGUAAAUAUGAUGGAAUCAGCAGCAAUGAUCUUGUGAGUGCGGAUGGUACAACUUACACUGUCAGCAACUCUGCAGACAGGCCCAACGAUUUCAGUCGAACCUGGAGAGUGAACCCAUCAGACUCUUACUAUACGCUGGGUUACACAUCCACGGUCACUCUCAAUAACCCAGUCUACUGUCUGUGUUAUGACGAUGCUUCGUUCUCCUGCGAUUACAAUCUGGAUGUAUACAACUGUGGAGAGUCGACAGCUGGGCUAGAUUUGACUCAGACAUUGAUUGACGAGGCGAUAGCUGAUGAACAAGAGAGUCGGCGUAGGAGGAGAAAGCGUGCUACACCCGACGCAGCCUUCCAGUAUGACCCCAACUAUGACGCUCCUUUUUCCCUCACCUGGCCUACAAGUAAUGGAAUCAAUGAGGAACAAGCGAGAACCGCCUGUGGCAAUAAGCUUUUAGGCUCCAACACGUACACAGAGUGCAAGAACCUCCUCCCAGAUAACGUACUGGAGCGAGUAAACGCUUGUAUGCGUGAUGUUCAGUUGACUGGAUCAACGUCUUGGGCCAACUCUGCUUUGUCGAGUCUACAGGAAGCGUGUAACAGUGCAGUGAAGCGGAACCCCAAUGUAUGGGGAUUAGACACACCCACCUCAACCCCUACUCUUCCGUCCAACAUCGUAAAUACCCUCUGUCCGAAUCAGUGCUCGGACCAUGGCACAUGUGUUGCUGGUGUUUGUACAUGCCAGUCUGGCUUCGCUGGUCCCGACUGUUCCCUGACUGUAAAUGAAGUCCCCAUCGUGGUGCCACAGAUGUCCAAUGUUGUGUGUGAUACUCUAACACAGACCUGUACCUCAGUCAUGGUGCUUGGAGACAAGUUCAUCAACUCAAGUUCCAUCACCUGUCACCUCACAGAAGUACAGGUGACAAGUACUGGCGUGGUAAGGUCAUCAUCAACCACAACAUCAAAUGCUCAGUACCAUCGAUUAACUGCAGUGCAGUGUGCCCUUCCACAAGAAAAGAGCUAUAUCGUCAAAAUCAGCAACGACGGUUCUGCCACAAGUUCCAGUGAGGCGCUAAUUGUUGUCUACAAUUCUACCUGUUUCCAGUGUACAGUCAACCCGACACAAACUUCCGCCACGUGUUCAGCCAAGUCGGAUGCUUGUUACAUCAACUCUGUGUGUUACGCAGCAAAUGACCUUAGCCCCACAGAUUCCUGUCAGUACUGUCGUCCAUCUGUGUCCACCUCAACUUGGACAAGAUCCACUGCCACUGAAUGUUCAACCAGAGUCGAUGUGGAUAGCCAGACAGUGGUCAUAGUGACUGCCAUUAUUGCCGCUGUUCUGCUCAUCACCAUUAUAGCUUUGGGAGUUGUCUUCGUUCGAAGAAGUAACAGUAAAGGAAAACUGGCUGGUAAGAAGCGGGAAUCUGACAGAGACAGGAGCCAAAUAAAUGGGAACGGGCGGCGUGUGAGGUAUAAGGAUGACCCACAGAUGAUCACAUAUGAUAACAAUUCCUUUGACCAGAGGGCGACACCGGUGUACGAUUACGGUAUGUCCUACGACAACCCCAUGGGUUCAGGCUACUAUACCACACAACACCAGGAGCCAAUCACAUUCUACGAGACGAACACAAACGACUACUUUGAGGAUUGACACUGCGUACAAUAGUUAACUUGGAAACCUUUUGUAGAUUUUAGAUAACGCCACUUCUUUAAGGAUGGAAUUUUAUUAGAUUAUGUUUGUAAGAAUUUGAAUGAUUUAUAUGUGCAUGAAAGAUUGAAUGGUUCAAACAAAACAACUUAAUUCGAUUUUUUAUUGACUAUUUUUCUACAAACUGUUGCUUGUGCCUUUUAUUUUCAUUGUAUUUUUACAAGUUUUGAUACAUGUAUAUCAAUUUGAAGAAAAAGUUACCAUGAAUGUAUGUGAAUGCAAUCAUAAGAUUUAUGUACAGUGUUAAAUUUAUUUUAGAUCUAACACCUGUGUUUAUAUAUAUGUUUUAUACAUCAAGAAAAGCAUUGUUAAAAAUUUAGACUUUUAUAAUAAGCUGCUAAAAUACUGCAGUUGAUAUUUUGAUACCAUAAAUAUUUUAAGUGACAGUGGAGAAUAUUUUGCUUUGAGCCAUAGAUGUAGCGAAGUUUUUUCUUUCUGGACAACAAGAUGGGGGUCUAAUCUUAUGAAAAUAUCAAGUAGUUUACAUGCAGUAAAGUGCUUUAUAACAUUUUAGGAAUGAUAUUGUGGGCUUAAAACCUUAUGUUAAAUAUAGAAAUGUUUAUUACAAGGAAUUUUUAUCAAUUGAAGUUAUUCCAGUAAGAUUUGAGUGCUAUGUCUCUGGUUCAUUAUGACUUUAAUGAUUUUAUACAAUGAAAUCUCUAAUUAAGUUAAUGUGUAGCUUUGUAAAUCCAGAACAAUUUUGAAAAAUAAUAGUGAGAGUUUGUCUAGAUAAGGUUGAAACAGUUUUUGUUAAUAAAAACAGUUUUUAAUAUCGGGGAAGUCUACUCCGUGGUAGGAUGUUUGUGUAAAGUUAUAAAUUACAACAUGUGUGACACCACCCACUUGUUAUGAAUGUCAGUUGCCAUAGAAAUCAUUAUUAAUUAUCAAAAUAUAUAUUUUGUGAAAUUUUUUAACUUAAAUUUUGACAAACAUGUGAAAAAGAUUACAAUUUAUGGAAUGAAGAUACAGAAUCUGUAAAAGGCUCUCAGAUCCUUCCAUGGGGGGCUCCCAGAUCCAAGGGGCACUUAUUGGAUUAGAUGUAUAGAUUUCAACUACUCUCAUUAAACUAAGCCAAAAUGAACGACGUUCAAUCGUCAAUAAUACAACAAUCAAGAUUUUAUUGUGUUACAUAUUACAGAUGGUGCUUCUUUAGUGUUGAACCCUGUAAAAAUCAUCAAAGAUAUAUAUAUAUAUUAAAGACUUCUAUUACUAUAAAUUACAUUUUGUAUAUUUUUAUGCUCAAAUCUUAUUUUUAUAAUAAAAAAUAUUGUGACA